AUGGAGAUAGAUAGCCCUCAGAGCUUUGCACACCUGGUUAAAUAUGCGAACUUACUCAAGGACUUCAAAAUUAGUGAAUUGAGCGAGCCUCAAUCAAGAGAUGUGUUUGAUAUUGUGAAAGAUUUUCGCGCCAUCACUGGAGAGGCUGCGUUGGAACUCAUUAAUAUGGACGAGAGCUCCGAUAUUGAAACUGCUUUUGAGAAUUGGGACCUGGAGGCAAAAUUAUGGCACCUGAUUGAGUUGUUGAUCAACUUCAGAACGGCAGAUAUUAGUUUCGAUCAGAAUGACAUUGGUCUUCAGGGACCCCUUGGACUAGAGCUUAUCUAUCGCAAAACGUUACUAGAGAGUGACAAGUCUCUUUACGAGCUCUGGUUGAUCAUGGUAUGGAUUCAGUCGAACGUGAAGGCACCAGAGAGACCUGCCAACAUCGGAACAAGUAAAUGGCCGAAUUCCUUUCUUUCCGGAGACCUCAGAAGCUCCGAUUUGGACUUCCCGCUUAGAGAUUCUGGUUGCAAAAUUGACGCUAAGGAUCUAGAAAGUGAUCAAGCCUUCUACAAGUACGCUUACGAGCUGAUAUUGGCAGGCCAACUAGAUGAUGUUAGGCGAGAAUGCGAGUACUCGGACAAUUUGACUCUUGCUUUAAUAUUAUGCGGAAUUGACGACCAAACUGCUUCUGAUUCAGAGACACCAGAUUCUGGAAAUCCAAAGACCAAGGAAGCAGUAUACAAAAGAGCACUUUGGCGGAGAGCCGUACAUGCGCUUUCUUUGAGUGAGGACCUUGGACAUUAUGAGCGCGCAAUCUACUCAUAUCUAGCCGGCGAUGUUGUAUAUGCUGCCGACACCAUAACAUUAAAUUGGGAUACAGAGCUCUUGUUGUACUUGAACCAAUCAUGGCAAACAACGUUCGAGAAACAUGUGUUAAGUGAACACGCUAUGGACACUAAGGAUAUUCUAGCCCCGAUUGAGGCUACGCCCUUAUCACUGCAAAACAUACUGGACCUCGUAUCAAGCAAACAUGCCAGCGAAAGUGAACAUCCAUUGCGUGUACUUAUGGGUGCCGUUAUACUUGAUAAAAUUCCUGAAAUUGUCAAUUCUUCCGUUCAAAUGCUAGUCAAUGCGAUCAAGGGCAUCGAACCUGGCAAUGAUAUGGUCGAGGAGCCUUAUUUACUGCGAGUUGUCACUCAUGUUGUCAUCGUAAUGGAUAUGAUUUACCCAGGCUCGAUCCAAGAGCACGACAAGUCGAGUUUGAUUACCGCUUACGUGACAAUUUUGUCACUCUACGAACUUUACGAUAUUAUCCCUAUCUAUAUCAGCUUCCUAGGUGAAGAAGAGACAUUGGAGGCUUACUCUUUCUUUUUAUCUAACCUCAUCGAUGCGGGUGUUCGCCGCAAACAGCUGGAGUUGUGUCGCACGUUAGAGAUGCCGACAACCAAUAUUCUGAAAAAGACAGCCCAAAGAAUUUUCGAAGAGACAUCAAGUUCUUAUGUCCCGAUUACCGGCGUCAACGUGCAUGCUGAGAUUGAAGAAACGGACAAACGUCUGGUCGCAGGUGCCGAGUGGCUCUUAGAAGGGCGUCUACAUGUGGACGCCCUUGAAGCAUAUGUGGUAAUAUCGAGAAGGUUUUUAAUAACCGGAAGAAUAGGCUCCCUCAGAUAUCUGUACGAGAAACAAGACCUGAGUAACUUAAUCAAAAACUAUGAACUGGAUACUUUGCAUAACAGUGAUGGACGCACUACAGCCGUUCAAGAGAUACAUCAAUACCAAGCCUUGCUCGACAUGUUUCAAAACUUUGAGCACUGGCAACAACUAUCAGCUAAUUCAGAGGACAAUGCCUCUCUCCCGCACUCACUGGAUUCUUUAAAAACCAUAUCCGGUGCUGUUUACAAAUUUGUCAAGACCUUUCUGGUGGAAUUGUCAGAAGUAAUGAACAGCGAAGACCAAGACGUGAUACACGAGAUACGAGCGCUGUAUACACCCUACAUGGUAUUCGAAUUACAUCAGGCAUUGGUUGCGGCAUCCGAGGAUCUUAAGGUGGCCAGUUUUGUCACAGAAGCCCUCUCACUGGCAACCCUAGUGGCCAACGAAACGGAUCAGAUAUAUCUACUGUUCCAAUCCAGUGGCAGACUCGAAGAAUACUUGCAAUUAAUUGCAAAGACCGCCACACUAGUGUAG